AAAGUGAAAAUAGUAACUGCUGCUGACAGAGGAGCAAAGCAGCAGUAGAUUUUAGAGUCAGGCAUUAAUAAACUAUAAAUGCAGUUUUUUCACACCUGGAUUUUUUCCUCUUCAGAAAGCAAAAUAAAUGCGCAGAAAUCCAUACCAAAAAAAGCCUACCUGUUCUAGCAGAGCGUGAAUCACGAAGCUUCAUCCCUAUUAUAAAUUCCUCAAAAAGCAGAGUUUCCUCUUUUCAGCUUCAACUCAUUUUUCACAGAGUCAAGAGAAAUUUUGCUGAAGGUGUAGAAGAUUCAGUAACAGAAUCCAGCAUCUGCAGUAGCAGUGGGUGCGGCCGCUUUCGCAGCUGAAGUAAUCGAACGCCAAUGGAACCAAUGAAUUGUGUCAAUGUGGGGUUUAAUUUGAAUAAUUUGCAGAUGAUUCAGUGUUCGUCUAAUCAGGCUAUUGAUUUAGAAAACGAAGAGGUUUUAAUUCAAACUUCGUUGCUGGAGGAAGACAUGAUUACGGAAUACAGUGAAAAUAUUAAUAAUGAAGAUGGAAUUAGUCCAAAAAAAGAUGCGGAAGCAGGAUUAGUGGUGGAAACAGAUUCCGAUGCCAAAGGGGAAAUUCCGGUGCUAUCAAAGCCUAGUCGAGGUCCUAGGUACUUUGACCCGGCGGGUUUCAGCUUGCCAGAAUGCAACAACAACUAUGACAGAUCCAAGAAGUCUAAAAAAAAGCGGAAAAGAUGCUAUAUUUGCGGUGACACUCGUCACGAAGGACAGCGGUGCAAACAGGUUAAUGAAUGCUUCAUUUGCUCCAAAAAAGGGCACCUGGUCAUAAAUUGCCCUAAUAAAAAAGUUGAGGUGGAUUCUACUUCUAAAAUAUGUUUAAUGUGUGGAAGUACGGGCCACGACAUGUUCUCGUGUAGCAGCAGUUAUGACUCUGAAGAUCUCAAGGCUAUCGAGUGUUACAUCUGUGGAAAGGUCGGUCAUCUCUGCUGUGCUGAGAAUAAAACCGAAGGACUAAGAGGAGAAGGUUCAUGUUACAACUGUGGGGAGUCUGGCCACUUUGGUCCGGAGUGCCCAAAAUUGAUUGAAGCUGCCAAUCUUCUUAAACUAAUAUGCUCAAAAUGUGGAGAUAAUGGCCAUUCCCCACAAGAGUGCACCAAGCCAAUUUCAGCCAAAAAGGCAAAGAGGAUGGCUCGUGAAAUUCGCAGACAGAAUAUGCCAACAGUGAAUCUUUCUUACCAGACUCAGCCGAGACAAACUGCGGGCCCUUACUGUGGAUCAAAUGUAUGGUCGUCACCUGCUGCUGCGGCUACUGCAAGAGCAACUCAAGUUCCCAACGCUUUCAAUCCUCUUACUCUAAAUGGCAACGAAGGAAAAAUUCCCGAAGUACCCCUCAACCAAGAAGCUGAAACCAUUCUUCCCCAGAGAGCAACUCAGAAUGAGCAGCAGAAUUCAUUCUACCCAAUGACUCAAGUUCCUCACCCGAUGUGGGAUUGUAAGAAGGGAACUCAGAUUCCUCAACCACAUCUUAACUGUCAACCUGGAAUCAUGCUUCCUCAAGCGGAAUUUCGAGUCCUUCAAAACUCGUUGACUUUGGGAACACAAAUUCCCAAAGUACCCCUUAAUCAACAAACUGGAACAAUGGUACCCCAGAUAGCAACUCAGAUUCAGCAGACCCCUUUCUACCCCAUGACUCAACCUCCUCACCCGACGUGGGAUUGUAAUAAAGGAACUCAAAUCCCUCAACCACAUAACCAUCAAUCUGGAAUUCUGCUUCCUCAGGCAGAAUAUCGAGUUCCUCAAAACUCGUCGGUUUUGCCAGCUCAUCCUCCUCAUUCGAUUUGGAACAGUGGCCAACGACUUCCUAGCCGUUCAACUCCUGUCAUGAUUGGUCAAGCAGGGACUCAAAUUCCUCAGCACCCUUUAAACCAUCAAGCUGGAAUUAUGCUUCCCCACCAAGUUUUUAACCAUCAAACUAAUGCUCCGUUCCCUUGCCAAAAUAGAAGUAAGCAGACUUGAAGGUUGAAUUUCAAACUUCCCCAACAACUUAUGGAGUUUUCAGUCAAUACAUUAGAUUUCAUUUAGAGACGGAAUAGCUCUGCAAUGAGAUUGUGUCUCGUACAUUCAAGAAACAAAUGAAAUAAACAGCUGAAACGGGCUCGAGCAACUUCCGGAAGAGUUGGGUCAAUCAGGUUUUUUACUCAUUUCUUACAAUCUGCAAGGUUACUAAGCUUCUCAGAAUUAUGAACAUUUUCCGUUUUUUAUUUUAUUUUUAAAUGCUACAGUGGAUUUUACAAUUUAACAAAAAUCUGUUAUAGACUUGAUGUUUUUCAUCAAA